UCAUCAUGGCUGUUGCGCUUCUCUAUUUGCUCUGUGGCGUACUCGCUGUCGCUGCUGGUGAGGACUGUGUGUUUGAGAAGAAAGUCGAUUUCCCUAAGAUUUCUCCCCUCAUAAUAAACACGGCGCUGAAGUUCGUGCUCCCAACCAAGGAAAACGACUCGGUCUUAAUCAGGAUACCCACCGGUACUGCCCUGACCUUAGCGUGCCCUGGGAGUGUGAUAACAGGACAAAAGAAGGAGACUGUAGCAGCCAAGUGUACCGGAGGAAAUGUGCUUUCAGUCGAUGGAAAAAUCAGUGUCUGCUACGAAGAAAACAACGAGACGACGCUGUAUUCGAAGCACACGAUCCACGGAGCAAACAUCGCUGCUAAGGAUAUCGACCCUAAGAGGCCUUCUUUCAAGACUUCCAAAGGUUUUUUCAACAUCUCCAUGAAAACUUGCUACGAGAAGAAAACUCAGCUGAAGUUAAUGCAAGAUCUCCUCCAAGAUAAUAGCAUGGCGGAGACGUACAUCUUCCCCAAGAAGCAAUACUACUUCGCCAAGGGACACCUGGCUCCUGACGCCGACUUUGUGACGGAGGCGGAGCAGGACGCGACUUACUACUAUAUCAACGCCGUUCCCCAGUGGCAGGCCUUCAAUAAUGGGAACUGGAAGUACCUGGAAGUGGCAACACGCACGUUGGCCGAGUACUUAGGGACGGACCUGGAGAUCUACACCGGGGCUUGGGGAGUCCUGGAGUUAGACGACGUCAAUGCAAACCCUGUUGAGGUAUACCUUGGGUUGACCGCAAGCGAGCGUGUUGUGCCUGCCCCGGCCGUCACCUGGAAGGUUAUUUACGACAAGAAAAACUCCCGUGCCGUGGGCGUCGUGGGCUUGAACAACCCGCACAUCACCAGCCCGCCCACUCCACUGUGUUCGGAUCUGUGCAGUUCUCUCCCUUGGAUCGAGUUCGACGUGAAUGACCUUGGCCACGGCUUCACUUACUGCUGCGCCGUCCAAGACCUACGGGCAUCUAUACCUCACGUCCCCGACCUCGGUGAUGUCUCCCUGCUCGAUGUCAGCCUCGGGAGCAGCGGAGGUGGAUGCUAGUGAUAAGGAUGGCGCUGUUAUCGUUAUCUCUGUCUCUUUUUCUGGUUGAUGGAAAGAGACCGGAAUAAAUUUGCAAAUGAAA